AUGGAACAGUGUAAAGAACGCCACACGAGACAGGUGGAACAGUGUAAAGAACAUCACAAGAGACUGGUUGAACAGUGUAAAGAACACCACAUGAGACAGAUGGAACAAUGUAAAGAACACCACACGAGACAGGUGAAACAAUGUAAAGAACACCACACGAGACAGGUGGAACAGUGUAAAAAACACAACAGUAGACAGAUGGAACAGUGUAAAGAACACCACACGUUACCGGUGGAACAGUGUAAAGAACACCACACGAGACAGAUGGAACAGUGUAAAGAACAUCACACGAGACAGAUGGAACAGUGUAAAGAACACUACACGAGACAGAUAGAACAGUGUAAAGAACACUACACUAGACAAAUGGAACAGUGUAAAGAACACCACACGAGACAGGUGGAACAGUGUAAAGAACACUACACUAGACAGAUGGAACAGUGUAAAGAACACCACACUAGACAGGUGGAACAGUGUAAAGAACACCAAACUAGAGAUGUGGAACAGUGUAAAGAACACUACACUAGACAGAUGGAACAGUGUAAAGAACACCACACUAGACAGAUGGAACAGUGUAAAGUACACCACACGUUACCGGUGGAACAGUGUAAAGAACACCACACUAGACAAAUGGAACAGUGUAAAGAACACUACACGAGACAUAUGGAACAGUGUAAAGAACACUACACUAGACAAAUGGAACAGUGUAAAGAACACCACACGAGACAGGUGGAACAGUGUAAAGAACACUACACUAGACAGAUGGAACAGUGUAAAGAACACCACACUAGACAGGUGGAACAGUGUAAAGAACACCACACUAGACAGGUGGAACAGUGUAAAAAAACGCCACACGAGACAGAUGGAACAGUGUAA